UGGAAAGUGCUUCUCUUCGCAGGAACCCGGCAGGGUCGGGGCUCUGAGGCCCCUGACUCUCUGCCUGGGGCCUGCUGAGCCAGCUCCCCCUUUGUGCCACAGACCACAGGGUCUGGUGUCUGCCAGACUAUAAAAUGGGGGGUCGGCCCCUGUCACCCACUGCACCAGCCUGCCCUCCUGCCUGCCCUCCAGCAGGAAGUAGCAGGGCCCCAGGCCGAAGGGUUCUUUACAGACUUCUGCAGCUGGGAACCAUGUCUCAGCCAGCGGCCAAGGCCUCGGCCACAGCUGCGGUGAACCCAGGGCCUGAUGGGAAGGAGAAGGGGGCCCCGCCCCCAGGAUCAGCCCCAGGCUCCGGCCCCGCCCAGGCCCCAGCCCAGCGGGUGCCCGCUGCCAAAGGGGACCUGCCUCCCGGGAACUACAAGCUGGUGGUCUUUGAGCAGGAGAACUUCCAGGGCCGGCGGGUGGAAUUCUCCGGGGAGUGCUUGAACCUGGGAGACCGCGGCUUCGACCGAGUGCGCAGCCUCAUUGUCACCUCAGGACCCUGGGUUGCCUUUGAGCAGUCCAACUUCCGGGGGGAGAUGUUCAUCCUGGAGAAGGGCGAGUACCCGCGAUGGGACACAUGGUCCAGCAGCUACCGCAGCGACCGGCUCAUGUCCUUCCGGCCCAUCAGGAUGGACGCCCAGGAGCACAAGCUCUGCCUGUAUGAAGGUGCCAACUUCAAAGGCAACACCAUGGAGAUCCAGGAGGACGAUGUGCCCAGUCUCUGGGUCUACGGCUUCUGUGACCGUGUGGGCAGUGUGAAGGUCGCCAGCGGAACCUGGGUCGGCUAUCAGUAUCCUGGCUACCGCGGGUACCAGUAUCUCCUGGAGCCUGGUGACUUCCGGCACUGGAAUGAGUGGGGAGCCUUCCAGCCACAGAUGCAGGCUGUGCGCCGCCUGCGUGACAGACAGUGGCACCGUGAAGGCUGCUUCCCCGCGCUGGCUGCUGAGCCCCCCAAGUGAGUCUACACACCACUCUUCUCUCGUGGCCCACCCUUCCGGAGGCUCAUCUUCCCCAUGCAAAUAAAAGUUCCUG